AUGGACGCGCUUCAAGCGUACAACAAUGUAUGUUUACAGUUCAACAUCCUCCUCAAAUCGCACCGUUCGACACGCGGCGUGCUCGUCGUCACAACUGGCGCCGAAUACCAGUACUAUGUGGGACUGAAGGUGGCCGGACGGACUCAAUCGACUGUGAAACGGACACCGACCAAGACCGCCCAGACCUUCACCACCUACUCUGACAACCAGCCGGGAGUGUUGAUCCAGGUCUACGAGGGAGAGCGUGCCCUGACCAAGGACAACAACCUGCUCGGAAAGUUCGAGCUCUCUGGAAUCCCACCAGCGAUUUUACUCCAACACCCAGCAUCCACCGAAUGCCACGUCCUUCUCCCUCCUUCCUGUCGUCUUCUGCACUUUCUUUGUUCGCUUGUUGUCUUGCUAGAAUCACCUCUCCUGAACUGA